UCCCGGCAAGCCGGAGCCGGGAGCCUCGCUAAGAGGGGCUCCGGGCUUGACAGCAGAAAGGCAGGAGACUGGCUGCACCGAGGGAGGAUGAGCUGGUCACCGCCGUGAAGCUGGGCUUCUGCUUGCCGGGGGGAUCCAGAAAUGGGCUACUGCAGGAGACCGGGUCUGCUUUCCUUGCUGCUGCUCUCCUUGUCCUGCGGGGCCGGCGCCCGCCGCAGCCUCCAGACCAACCUGUGCAAGUGGUGCGACUCCACAGCCCCGGCGUGCGAGGACAAGGUGUGCUACAGCAACUGCAACCUCAACUCCUACUGCGAGGACCCCUACGAGAUCUGCGUGGCAAUAUGGAGGCAGGACAACGAGAGCAUCAGGAUCAGCACGCUCUGCCACAACCCCCAGCGCCCCAUCGAAAACCUCAUGGUGCCCAACUACAACACCUCGCGCUGCAUCAUGAGCCACCAGCCCAGCGAGGACGGCGUCAUCUACGUCUGUGGCUGUGUGGAUGAGCAGGAGUGCAACGACAAACUCAUCUUUGAAAACCACACCAAUGGCUACUCCAUGCUGCAGAGCAAAGAGGUGAUCCCAGUGGCUGCCAUCAGCCUCCUGCCCCCGCUGCUGGUGGCGGUGAUGAUCACGGUGAUAUUUUACCUCUGCCGCACGCAGAAGCGACGCAAGAGAGCCAAGGCGUGGGGUGGGAAACAGGGACAGCCGCCGGUGCUGCCGGAGCAGGGGAAGGCAAGCGAGCGGGAGGAGAAGUUGUCGGUGCUGAUGGACGAGAGCCCGGCCAGCAGCAGCCGCCCCGCCGAGCUGCUGCCCAUCGAGCUGGACGAGAUGGUGGGCAAAGGGCAGUUCGCGGAGGUGUGGAGGGCCAAGCUGAGCCACAGCCGCUCCGGGCAGUACGAGACUGUGGCCGUGAAGAUCUUCCCCUGCGAGGAAUACUCCUCCUGGAAGAACGAGAGCCAGAUCUUCACCGACACCAGCCUCAGGCACGACAGCGUCCUGCAGUUCCUCACUGCCGAGGACCGGGGCACGGGGCCCCGCCGGGAGUACUGGCUCAUCACCGCCUACCACAGCCGGGGCAACCUCAAGGACUACCUCUCCCACCACGUGCUGAGCUGGAUGGACCUGCAGAAGAUGGCUGGGUCCCUGGUGAGUGGGGUGGCCCACCUUCACAGCGACUACACCGCCUGCGGCCGCCCGAAAAUCCCCAUCGCCCACCGCGACAUCAAGAGCACAAACGUGCUGGUGAAGAACGAGCAGGAGUGCGUGCUCUGCGACUUCGGCAUCGCCAUACGCCUCGACCCCUCCCUCACGGUGGACGACUUUGCCAACAGCGGGCAGGUGGGCACCGCCAGGUACAUGGCCCCAGAGGUCCUGGAGUCCAGAGUGAACCUGGAAGACCUGGAGUCUUUCAAGCAGAUGGAUGUCUACUCCAUGGCCCUUGUUUUGUGGGAAAUGGCCUCCAGAUGUGAAGUGGUAGGAGAGGUAAAGAAUUAUGAGCUGCCCUUUGGGUCGAAAGUCCAGGAGCAGCCUUGUGUGGACACCAUGAGGGACAUCGUGCUGCACGGCAGAGGCCGGCCCGAGAUCCCAAGCAGCUGGCUGGUGCACCAGGGAAUGCGCUUCCUGUGCGACACCAUCACGGAGUGCUGGGACCACGACCCCGAGGCUCGGCUCACCGCCCACUGCGUGGCUGAGCGCUUCAACCUGAUGGCACAGAUGGAUUGUGAUGACAUCCUCAACAACAACACGGACAAUGAGGCCAGCAAAACAGCUUCUCCAGGUGGGGAGCUCCAGGACAGUGAUGGGAGCAGAAACGUUCAGUGAUGCAGCAGGCAAAAGUCCUCAUCACGAGGAACAAGAGGAUAAGGGAGAAGCAUUUAGCUCAUGGGGGAAAAAAACCCCACUGUUUUUCAAAAUGGAACUAAGAUCUAGUACAUAAAUUAUUUAUAAGAUCUGUUUCCUCCCACAGAUACAAUGAACUGAGGAAUCAAUAUUUUGGUUAAAGUGAAACAUUAUUAUAUGAACUUUGUACUUACUUAAAAUGUAUAAUGAUGCAAAGCAUUCCUUUUAUUAUUUUUUAAAAUAAUAAUGUUUAAUCUUUUAUUAAUAAGC